AACGUCAAUACAUUCAUAGCUGAUUAUGAUUAAGACCCUGUGAGUGACUUCCCCUGUGUUGGACACUAUAUUAUUUCUGAAGUGCACCCAAGGCUGUACAAAAACCGUGAGAGUCGUGAUUUUUUGCUAAAAAAAAAAACCUAAGUGGCUGUAAUACAUUGAUUUGUAUGUGAUUUCUUGCAAACCAUCUCCAUCUAGUGGUUGCUUUUAGCACACAUUUGUAAAAUAGCUGUUUUACUUUCACUUUCUGACCUCAGAGUAGCAGCAGAGUAGCAGCUGGCCAAGCCGAUCAAUCUAGAAGUCUAAAAGCAGAGCCCAUGCAGGAAUGAAGAGGAGGGAAAGCCACUUACCUAUAUUUCCCCUAGGGACGUAUGCAGUCGGAACCUUAGGAUUAGACAGCCAUGGAAGACCAUACUGUUACCCAAGCCGAGAACUUGACCACCAUUGAGGCCCAUACAGUAGCUCACACAGUGACCCAGCAGGUACAGCAGGUCCAUGUAGCAACUUAUACAGAUCAUGGCAUGCUGAGCGCAGACGAGGAUUCGCCAUCAUCUCCAGAGGACAACUCGUAUGAUGACUCUGACAUUCUCAACUCAACAGCUGCGGAUGAGAUCACGGCGCACCUGGCGGCUGCAGGGCCCGUUGGGAUGGCCGCUGCAGCUGCCGUAGCUACAGGAAAGAAGCGGAAAAGACCUCACAUCUUUGAAUCCAACCCAUCCAUCCGCAAACGGCAGCAAACACGCCUAUUGCGGAAGCUAAGGGCGACUUUAGAUGAAUACACGACCAGAGUGGGGCAACAAGCCAUCGUUCUUUGCAUCUCUCCUUCCAAACCCAACCCUGUUUUUAAAGUGUUCGGAGCUGCUCCUCUGGAAAACGUGGUCCGUAAGUACAAGAGCAUGAUCCUGGAGGACUUGGAGUCUGCGUUGGCAGAGCACGCCCCCGUACAGCAGGACAUCAACUCAGAUCUACCUCCUUUGACUAUAGAUGGCAUUCCUGUAUCUGUGGACAAGAUGACGCAGGCUCAGCUACGUGCAUUCAUACCAGAAAUGCUGAAGUACUCCACUGGAAGAGGUAAACCUGGUUGGGGGAAGGAAAGCUGUAAACCUAUCUGGUGGCCAGAUGACAUUCCUUGGGCCAAUGUUCGGAGUGAUGUCCGUACAGAGGAACAGAAACAGAGGGUCUCCUGGACUCAGGCAUUGCGGACGAUAGUAAAGAACUGUUACAAGCAGCACGGCCGGGAAGAUUUGUUAUAUGCAUUUGAAGAUCAACAGACGCAGCAUGUGACAACGGCACAUGGUAUUGCUCACCUUGUACCCUCACAGACCGUGGUACAGACUAUCAGUAACCCAGAUGGCACAGUGUCCCUUAUUCAGGUUGGUACAGGGGCCACAGUCGCUACCCUGGCUGAUGCAUCUGAAUUGCCGACCACCGUACACGUUGCACAAGUUAAUUACUCUACGGUCAGUGAUGGCGAGGUAGAGCAGAACUGGGCAACAAUACAGGGAGGUGAAAUGACCAUCCAGACAACUCAAGCGUCUGAAGCUACACAGGCCGUGGCAUCCCUGGCAGAAGCAGCUGUGGCAGCGUCACAUGAUAUGCCGCCCGGAGCCACCGUUACCAUGUCCCUAAACAGGUAUGAAGCCGCAGCCCAUGCUGUAGCAACAUUGGCAGAGGCAACGUUACAGGGCGGAGGGCAGAUCGUACUUUCUGGGGAAACUGCAGCAGCGGUUGGAGCUCUAACUGGAGUACAGGAUGCCAACGGUCUGGUUCAGAUCCCAGUGAGUAUGUAUCAGACUGUGGUCACAAGCCUCACGCAGGGAAAUGGUCCUGUGCAAGUAGCUAUGGCUCCAGUGACCAGGAUAUCGGACUCUGUCACCGUGGAUGGACAGGCAGUAGAGGUGGUAACCUUGGAACAGUGACUCAGCUACCCACAAAGUAUCAUAUCUGGUCCUGCCUCUCUCAUGUUCCCAGCGUCUUGAGGGAUAAUGCUGUUGUGCAUCUGGAAGCUACGCCGUAUACAGAGCAUUAUUGGGGUCUCCAGCUAACAAGUCAAAAAUGCUUUUUUUUUAUCACCCAAACAUGCGUAUUCCUGUAUUCUGGUCUCAUUACUCUAACAUUUAAUUUAUUUCAAUAAAACAAAAUAAUCAGAGUUUUAACCUCUUCAGCUCUGGAAUGACCUAUCAGCACACUAAGCAAGCAAGAUGAGUGUGUAUUACUCCUGUGUUUUUUUUGUUUUUUUUAUAGACUGUAUCGCCACAAACCUGUAGAUAGAUGGCAAUAAAAUGUAUGACUUUUGGAAGCAAAGCUUUUAUUGGCUUUUAAUAAUCCCUUUUUUGGGAUUGAGGCAAUGUGAUUUAAAUCUGAAAUGAGUUUGCCCCAUAAAUGUUUGUAUCUUAAGUGUUACUUUGUUGUAUUGAUAUAACUUUUAAAACAAGGGAUCUCCUGUACUGCUCCACGAGUUAUGAUACAGCAGGAGAAAUGCACAGCUAGGUUUCUGACUCUAGAACUAUAAGAUUUAUAUAUAUAUAGAUUCUGAAUGUUGUGCAAACAUGGAAUAUCUGAUUUAAAUGAAUUACGCUGACAAUAUUGGGUUUAAAUUGGGUAAUACCCUGUUUGUCAACUUAAUCACAGUUUUCUUUUUACAUUUUUGUAGAAUAAUGUUGAGGGCUAGUCGGUAUAGUCUGCUUGGGGUAGACCUCUCAAAGGUCAUAUUAAUGGUUUUCUCAACUUAUACCUAUUGAUAAGUAGUCUUAGCAGAACCUGUGCAGCAGCCAAACCUUUUUGUUUUUCUUCACCUGCACUUAAUUUGCCAUACGUUAACUCUAAAAUGAUUAUUUUCUGUCCUCUCCAAAUCCUUAGAAUUAUAAUGAUCUCUGCUUCACAAGAUAGCUUUAUUCAGAGCUCUGUUAUUAUUAGGAAGCUACCAUGAAAUUCAGAAUGACUUAUUCUUUGUUCUUUUUUCUGUAUUUCUCUUAUUUCUCAGGCCAGUUGGCUUUGUCCUGCAACUCAUAGAUAAUAAUCUUAAAAUGAAGCUUCCACUUUUUAAAUUGAAUGUUCCUAUUGCACUAGGGCUAGUGUGUUUUCUUGGAGUAACCAUAAUGGACUUUCAGUUUAAUGACAUUUCAAGGCAACUUCUUGGUAUUCUUUGCAUAUGUUCAUGACGUUUGCUCAUUUUGUUUGCUUUAUUACAAGCAGUGUUUGGCAGGAGAACCUUUCAGACAGUACUUCCUCAGACUUUUACAUUUGGACAGAGGUGCUGGCUGGUUAUGCCUUGAGAUGUUGGCUCCCGCCCUCCCUGCUAAAUGAGUGUACAAGUGUGUGUAUAAAACGUAGAUUUACUUACUAAUACAUCUGUCCCUUCUCACUUGUACUAGAGCCAUAUCAAGGCACACUAUUUUUUUGUAUGACAUUUUCCUGGUUUAUCCUGAUCAUGGUGAAUUCCUUCUUUGCGCUAUUCUUUUACCCCCUUUUAUCUCUUUCCUUCCAUUUAAAUAGCUACAAACUACAGCAGGAAGGAUAAGAAGAGUGAGUGGCACCCUGUUAAGGGUUUCUCAGUAGUUUUCAGCUGCUCCUAGUAGGGAUCUGAGUCUUUACCUAAAAGCCUUGAAUGCUGGUUCUACAUAAAUAUAUUCAUUAUAGCUGAACCAGUGCACAGGUAAUCAGCUGAUAUGUUACCAUGGUUACUAACCUGCUCUCACCCAUCAGCUGAUUAUUUCACCUAUGCACUGGUUCAGAUAUAAUGAAAACCUGGCCUGUUGGGGGUACUUGAGGACCACAGUUGAGAAACAAUGUUCUACACAAUACUUAGUACAUAAGAGAACCUUUUUUUGUAUGUAAAUAUCACUUGUUUUGCCUAAUUAUUCUGAAUUGUUUUGUAACAAACUGGAGUUUUAACUUUUUUUUUGGAGGGGGCGGGGCAAAUUCCAUGUAUUGUUUGCUUGACAGUAUCAUCGAAAUACAUAAGAAUUUGUAUUUUUAGAUCUACAUUAGGUGCUUGAUUUUACAAAAUUAAGAAGUCAUGUAAACAAAUGCUGUUUUUUAUAAAAACAUUUUUUUUUCUUUUAAUGGUCAAAAUCAUGGAUAUGUUCAUACGUUCUUAAUCCUUAUUACAAUGUUAUGGAUAUUUGGGAGUUUGUUUUGCUCAGAUAUUCCCUGUAAUGACAUCAUUUACCAAUAUCGAUGGCUCAGGUUUUUGCUACAGGUUGUCGGAUUUUACUGUUUUAUGUGAAAACCAAUAUAUUCUGCUAGUUUUUGGUUACCAAAUCCCUGUCAUGACGUAUACAGCGAUGUUUUAUCUCAUUUUCUGUGUGGUUUCUUUUAUUUUUUCUUUUGGACGAGAAAAUAAAUGUUUUGUGAUCACUUAAUAUAUUCACAUUUUAUAGCAGAAAAGAAAAAAAUUAUGAAAGCUGUGGCAUAGCAAAAGAAGGCAAUCAUCUAGUGAAGACUGAACUCUCUUGCACUUGACAAAAUUUUGCUUCCAAAACCCAAACUAGAUUCACACCCAUCCUGCUGAAUAAAAAUUGUAUGUUUGUCUUGUCGUCCCAAUUCCACUCCCGUUUCUCAUACCUUGUUCUAUUGCAUCAGUUUUAACCCUUUGCACACCAGGCAAAGAGUUUAGAGUUCUGGUCUCUGGGGUUUAACAAUGUUUGAAUUCCUUUGUUUUAUACAGAAAUUAAAUUUUACUUGUAUAAUAAAUGUUUUGGUUCCUGUGUGUAUGUUUAGAGAAACAUUUAUACAUUACAGGUCUAGCUUGUAAAACUUUAUUUUAUAUUUGUAAUGUUUACUAUUUCCAACGGCUUGUUUUGUUUACUGCAACCAAAUUAUGUAUACAUCAAGAAGAAUAUUAAAAAUUACAGAAACCUUAUAAGACAAUGGAUUAUUUUCCCCCACGUUAGUGUGUGCUGCAGUGAGCAAAUAAACUGUUCAACUAGA